AUGUUGAACAAGGGCGACAAGAAAGACAAGUCCAGUCCGCGCCAGAACAGAACCGACCUGCUCAAACCAGACUUGUCGCCGCACAAGCCUGUACACCCGCUUGGCUGUGACCCGCUGCACGGCCCAUCUUUACCCAAACAUAUCGUCAUCAUCCUUGGUGUUGGACCUGGUCUUGGAAUCUCGAUCGCUCAAGUCUUCGCUUCUCGAGGCUACAUCACUGCCAUCCUCUCCCGAAGCAAAGCUGAAGGAGAGAAGCUUUCAGCAGCAUUCGCCUGUGAUGCGCUGAACAACGAAAGUAUCGCCUCUGCCGUUCAAGAAGUAGCUGUCCAUUGGAAGGAUAAGAAGAUUGGCACUGCUUGUUAUAAUGCUUCCAUUCGCAAGCGAGGUCCCUUUUUGGAGCAGAGGUUGGAUCAGAUCAAAGAAGCUGUACAGGGAAGCAUUCUGGGCGGAUUCAGUUUCGCUCAAGCCGUGUUGAGGCAGAUGGAAAAAGGUGGGGAGGGAGGCAGUUUGUUGGUGACUGGUGCAACAUCGAGUACAAGAGGAAGGGAAGGCUUUGCUGGUUUUGCUGCUAGUAAAUCCGGCCUGAGAGCAAUGUGUCAAUCAAUAGCAAGAGAGUACGGUCCCAAAUCGAUUCAUGUUGCACAUGUCAUCGUUGAUGGACUUAUCGAGUCGGAUACUGCGUUGGAGUAUCUGGGUAUGCCCAAGGCAAGUCGGUUCCCUGAUGGUUCGGCUCUACUGCCACCGCAGAUGGCCAAGACGUGGCUUUUCCUUGCUCAACAGCAUCAGUCGAAUUGGACGUUUGAGAUGGAUCUCAGGCCUGCUCGCGAACAUUGGUGA